AUGUCUUCCCCAUCCAACAACCCUCGCCGCUCCCAGUCCCCCGACAGCCAACCUCCUCGCAACCCCCGCCUACUCCAAGCCGCCCCGGCCAACGCAUCCGGCGAUGUAGUCCCUCCACUUGACGAAGAGAGGCUCACAGCCAUCGUGAAUCGAGUACUUGACGCCUACGACCCAAAUGACUUUUUUGGGUCCAUGGCGGCUGCGUUCGACAGGAUGAGGGAGGCGUCCGGCGGUGACCUGACCAUGUUCAGGGAAAUCGGUCUUCGCGCUGUCGCCGAGAUAGCUCGCAGGCGCAACCCUGAAUAUGUCCCCAAUCCUGCGCCGCCAUACACCGCACUACCUGCGAUGGAUGAGGUCACGGUUGCGUUGUCGGUUGAAGAACCGGAGUAUACGCCGCGGUAUACUCGGUAUGCGCAAGGGCAGAAGAGGAAGAGGGAGGAGGGGGAUACCUCUAGUGGUGAUCAGGAGGAAGAAGACGACAACGACGGGGAGGAUGAGGAGCAGUGCGACACGGGGCAGAAUCGAGAUGAUGAGAAUGAGGAGGAAUUUGAUGAGGAGGAGAACAACGGGGACUGA